GUCAGCUUUGUUGAUACCUUUUUGUUCUUGUAGGGAUGGAUGCGCUGAAAAAUGCAUAUUUUACAAAUCUCUUACAAGAUGGUUUGAUCUUAGAAGAUGAACUCUCAAUGGAGCCUCAAGAUGAAGUUGAAUUUACUUAUGCAAAUCAAAAUGUAGAAGAGUUCACCCAAGCAUCUCAAACCUCAGCUCAAAUGGGAUCCACUUCUAAGAAACCGCAACGUGGUGGCAACUUCACCGAAGAAGAAGACAAAUUGCUUGUAUCGGCAUAUCUGAAUAUAAGCUUGGAUGCUGUGCAAGGGAAUGACCAGAAACGUAAAACAUAUUGGAGAAGAGUGUGGGAUUAUUUCGAGGAGCACAAGUCUUUCAUUUCUGAGCGUAAUGAGAACUCUCUAAUGAACAGGUGGUCAGCGAUUCAACUUUCUGUUAACAAGUUCUGUGGAUGCUAUGCUCAAAUUGAAUUGAGGCAUCAAAGUGGUGUGACCGAGGAAGACAAGGUCUCUGAAGCAAAAACUUACUACAAGUCACUCGAUACCUCAAAAAAUAGCUCAUUUCAGUUUGAACACUGUUGGAAACAGUUGAGGUACCAACCAAAAUGGUUGGAGGACUUUGAGAGGAAAAAACCAAAGAAGAACCAAACUUGGACAGUACCUUCUCCUUCUACUCCAGAGUUGGUAGAUCUUGGAGAAGGUGAUGCCACCUUUGUGGACUUGGAGAGACCUCCGGGUAAUAAAAGUGAGAAGGAGCGAUUGAAAAAAAGAAAGAAAGCUGAAAUUUCCACUUCACCUCUUGCAGGAAUACUAACUGAUAUCAAGGAAGAACAAAAAAAAGCGAGUGACAAGAAAAUGGACAUUAUCCAACAACUACAUGUUCAAGAGCAAGAGAGACACCAACUUGAGAAAGAGAAACUUCGUCAAGGGGAAGAGAAAAUCUCUAUUAAGAAAAAAAUGCUUCGUGUGGAAGAGAUGAAAGAGGAGGAGAGAAUAAUGUUGGUGGAUACAAGUGCCUUGCCUCAUGUGCAACAAGAGUACUAUCAAAGCCGACAAAGGGAGAUCCUUCAACAACGCGAAAAAAGGAUUUAGAAUUGUUAGUAGUUGAACUUUUUUGGAUAUCUACAUGUUUUGGCGGGGUUGAACUAGUUUGCCUCGAUGAUUCCUGGUUUUUGUUAUAGUUUUGUCAUUAAGAAUGUAGAUGAUUGCUGGUUUUUGUUGCCUCGACGAUUGUUGGUUUUCGCUGGCUAAGUUUGUUAGUAAUCGAAGUGUCGAACUUUGUAAGCCUUUUGAUGGCGAAAUUUACAUCUGAUGAAUAUUU